AUGUGGGUCAGACGACUAUCUCCAUUACCGAAACUUGCCCCCGUCUUCGUCAGACGGUAUCAUCGCUCACCUGUCCCUUUACUCGAUGACCUGGCUGAGCGAGGGUUCAUCCAGGAUGUAUCAAGACGCGACGCGUUAGCGAUUGCAUUGUCAUCAAAAAAACAGACAGUAUAUGUCGGUGUCGAUCCCACCGCCAAAGCCCUACACAUUGGGCAUCUUGUUCCUCUUUUGUGUUUGCUGCAUUUCCAAUUUCAUGGACACCGUAUUCUUCCAUUAAUCGGAGGAGCCACUGGUCGCGUGGGAGACCCAUCCGGCCGCCUCGUAGAACGUCAGCUAGCCCAUGCUUCGGAAGUGGAAGCCAAUGCUGUCAACCUGACUUCUAGCAUCCAGCGCUUUUUCCAAAACGCUUUGCUCUACGCAGCAUCUCGGUCAGAAUCACAGGAUGGUGUUUUUCAGGAGCCGCACAUUUUAAACAACUUGGAUUGGCAUGGAUCUACUGGUCUGCUGCAAUUCCUACAAACAGUAGGGGUGCAUGCACGAGUUGGCACUAUGCUCAACAGAGAGAGCGUUCGGUCCCGGCUUUCAUCUCAGCAGGGGCUUUCUUUCACUGAAUUCACGUAUCAGCUGUUGCAAGCCUACGACUUCUAUCAUUUAUAUAAACACUUUGGGUGUACAAUCCAGAUUGGGGGCUCGGAUCAAUGGGGCAACAUCGUGGCAGGGCUGGAGUUGAUUGGAAAAUUUCAGCCUGAUUUUUCCUCCAAUGAUUCGUUUGGAAUAACUACCCCUCUUCUUACAACGUCAACCGGAGAAAAGUUUGGCAAAAGUGCAGGAAAUGCAGUAUGGUUAGAUCCACAGCUCACAAGUGUUUUUGACUUUUAUCAAUAUUUCCUCAAAGUCACUGAUGCAGACGUGGAAAAAUAUUUGAAACUCUUUACCUUCAUGCCGCUAUCAGAAAUUUCCGAUGUAAUGCAGCAGCAUCGGGAAUUUCCUGAGAAUCGUAUCGCUCAGCAUCAUCUUGCUGCAGAGGUGACCGAGAUGGUUCAUUCGAAAAGCGGAGUCGCUCGAGCAAAUCUCAUGACGACAUUGCUGUUUGGUUCAGACUAUUCAGAACUGAAAGCUGAGGACGUCACAACAUCCCUGGGAAACGACCCGCGAUUAGUCAGAGUGGCCAAAUCUGACAUUCUCAGCAUGCCUAUACCGAAACUGGCAGCCAAAUACGGUUUAGUCGCCUCAAAUUCUGCAUCUAAAAUGCUCGUGGCUUCGAGAGGUUUAUAUCUCAAUAACCGAUCAGUAACAGAUGUGCAAUAUAAGGCAUCGCCAGAGGACCUGCUUGACGGAAACUUUCUCAUUAUACGGGCUGGAAAGGACAAAAUGAUGGUUUUGGUUGUCAGCGACGAAGAUAUCUAG